CUCUCUCAGCUGGGCUGUUCAGGUCAGCCCUACUCUUCCAAAAGCCCAGACCAGGACCUGGGUGAAGAAGAAUGUCUCUGUUUAAAGCGCGAGACUGGUGGUCCACCGUACUUGGAGAAAAGGAAGAAUUUGAUCAAGGCUGUCUUUGUGUCGCCGAUGUUGAUAACAGCGGGCAAGAUAAAAUUAUUGUGGGCAGUUACAUGGGGUAUCUCCGCAUCUUUAAUCCACAUCCUGUGAAACCUGGGGAUGGAGUCCAAGCUGAAGACUUGCUCUUGGAAGUGCAGUUACGAGAUCCGAUACUGCAGGUGGAAGUGGGAAAAUUUGUUUCUGGUACUGAAGUACUUCAUCUGGCUGUGUUGCACUGCAGAAAACUCUGCGUAUAUGCUGUUUCAGGAACUCUGGGAAAUGUGGAACACGGGAACCAGUAUCAGAUUAAGCUGAUGUAUGAGCACAAUCUUCAGCGAACUGCUUGUAAUAUGACUUAUGGCCCAUUUGGUGGUGUAAAAGGUCGAGAUUUGAUAUGUAUACAGUCCAUGGAUGGGAUGCUCAUGUUAUUUGAGCAGGAAAGCUAUGCUUUUGGCCGAUUUUUACCUGGUUUUCUUCUGCCUGGUCCUUUAACUUACAGUUCUCGGACAGAUUCUUUCAUUACGGUGUCUUCCUGUCGACAGGUUGAGAGUUACAAAUACCAAGUGCUGGCAUUUGCAACAGAUGCUGAUGAAAGACAAGAAACAGAACAGCAAAAACUUAGUUCUGGAAAAAGACUUGUGGUGGAUUGGGUUUUAAACAUUGGAGAGCAAGCACUGGAUAUACGCGUUGUCUCCUUUAAUCAGGCAGUUUCUUCUGUUUUUGUGCUUGGUGAGAGAAAUUUCUUUUGCCUUAAGGAUAAUGGGCAAAUUCGGUUCAUGAAAAAGCUUGACUGCAGUCCAAGUUGCUUCCUUCCUUAUUGCUCAGUGACAGAAGGAACAAUAAACACUCUGAUUGGAAACCAUAGUAACAUGUUGUAUGUUUAUCAAGAUGUGACACUGAAAUGGGCCACACAACUUCCUCACAUUCCUGUAUCAGUAAAAGUAGCACAUUUACAAGAUCUGAGGGGUGUUAUAGUUACUCUGAGUGACAGUGGACAUCUUCAGUGUUCCUACCUUGGAACUGAUCCUUCGCUGUUCCAGGCUCCCAAAAUUGAAUCUAGGGAAAUAAACUAUGAAGAACUUGAUGCUGAAAUGAAACAGCUUCAGAAGAUCAUUAAGGAAGCCACGAAAUCACAAGAUGUUUUGCCCAAAUCUGAAAGACAGAGAGAUCUAAUUGUCAUUGCAGAAGUUUCACCUGAGCUGGAUGCGGAAUCUCAAGCUAUUGACAGUGAGGUAAAAUCAGAGGCAGUUCCAUCAGUCACAGUAAAGAUAACAAUACAGAGCAGAGUAACUGCACAGAAACCAAAGCUGGCAGUAUGUGUACAACCUCCAUUAGCAGUGACCUGUGACCAGUUCGUCUUUGAUGAUUUAGAACCAGAUGCAUCUGAAACCGUCGUCCUAUCUGUCUUUUUGAAGGGGAAUUGUCCUCCGUCAGAGCUAGAAGGAAAUGGUGUGGUUUCAUAUAGUACACCAACAGAGCUCAAUCCUGAAGGAAUUCUAAAAGUUGCACAGUGUAAAUUCAGGCUACCUUUGCGGUUAAUUUGCUCUCCAGCUCAACCUUCAAAAACAGCAAACCACAAACUAACUAUUGAUACCAAUAAACCUCCUAUCAGUUUUCUCACCAUUUUUCCAGACUUUGCUGAUCAAUCUGAAGAUGACCAGUCUAAUGCUCUCGGGUUUCAGUUUUUAACUGGUUCAAAGAUCACUCUUCUUGCUUCAAAGACAUCACAACGAUACAGAAUCCAGAGUGAUCAGUUAGAAGACCUUUGGCUAAUAACAAAAGAGCUCACACUUAGACUUGAAGAACAUUUCAAGAAGCAAAAUUGCAAAGACUUUGUGUGUACCUUUUCUGGUUCAAUUCCCCUGCAAGAAUAUUUUGAACUAAUUGAUCGACAUUUUGAGCUACGUUUGAAUGCUGAAAAAUUUCAGGAGCUGUUAUCUGAAAGGGCUGUACAAUUUAGAGCUAUUGAGCGGCGACUGCUGACACGAUUCAAAGACAAAACUCCCGCUCCUCUUCAACAUCUGGACACCUUGCUAGAAGGAACAUUCAGAGAGGUAAUAGCUCUAGCAGAUGCAGCAGAGGAAAACCAAGCCAAUGUGUUCCAGGCAUUCACAAAGUUGAAAAGUGCCACCCAUCUGGUGGUUAUGCUGAUUAGCCUGUGGCAGAAGCUCAGCACUGAUCAGGUUGCUCUUCUGGAAGCUACGUUUUUGCCAUUAGCACAAGAUACACAAGAGCUGGGUUGGGAAGAAACUGUGGAUGCUGCCAUUUCUUACUUAUUAAGAACGUGUUUAUCUAAGAGUCCUAAGGAACAGGCCAUGACUCUCACCAACCAGUUGUGCAUGCCCAAAGAUACUAGUAGGCUGAAGAAGCAUAUCACUCUCCUCUGUGAUAGAUUGGCCAAAGGUGGUCGCCUUUCCUUAAGUACAGAGACAGCCGCUCAGCAAACUGUUGUCGUGCCAGGUGGCUGUACUACAAUCCCAGAGUCUGACUUAGAGGAAGGAACAAGUGUCCCGGGCACCGCAGCAACGUUUACCAAUCACAAGCACAUCACGAAGCAGAAAUCCAAGCCUGGUUUGUCUGAGGAUGCAGCAGAAGAAGCAGAAAAGCCAUGAAAUCUGAAGACGGCCCUCAGGAAGAAUUUUAUCUGAUGUCAAAUACAUUUAUAAUGCAGCAGUACCAAUCCAUUUUACUCUGUACUGAUUGCAGCCUCCAGAAGGAGAGAGCUGUGUUAAUUUGUACAAAAAAUGUUCUCUUCUGAUCAUAUUCGUUUGGAUUCCCUGCCAACUACUAGCAUCCUCUCUGUGACCAAAGUUUAAGCACUUACCCAACUGUUGUAGGGAUGUUGUGUUAUGUUUUGUGAUAUAUCAGCCCUUUCUAAGGAUUCUGUUGAUUGAUCAAAGACUGUUUACACACUGUUAAAAGCAACCUUUGUUUCAGGGUUUGUUUUAUCUGUUUUUUAAGAUAUUCUGAACCAUACCUCCCUUUGAGAUUACAUUAACAUUUGUUUUAUCACAGUUUUGACAAAACUAUCUCCUUUCCUCCUUUACUAACAUUCACAAUUUCAGACAGCUGAAUUAACUACCAGAAGAAAAGCUGCUAAUCCAUCAACUUUGUUUUUUCUCUAUCAUUCCUUAUACAGACUCAUGCCCCCAAGAGAUAUAGAGUAAAAUAUAGUUACUGGACAUAAAGGGCAUACCCUUUUGCCAUUAACUAUGUCACUGUGAAUGUGAAUAAAGUCUAUACUGCAAGUAUCCUGAGCACAGCAACACGUGGAUCUCUUUGUGGUUACCUAUGAUUUCUGUUUUUCUUGUGAAUCAGUCUGUUCUAGCGAUGGGUUAGAUUUCCAGAAGUGAUUAGCAAUUUUCGAGUGCCUAAAUUUUUUUGAAUCCAGCUAGGAGGGUGCUUAGAGGGUCCAGGCUUUAGAAAGUGCUGAGUACUCACAUUCUGAAAGUCAGGCCCUUCAAGAUGUUGGAAAUGCAACACUCAGCAACUGCAAAACUGAGGCAUUCAAAACAUGUUUGAGAACCUUGGCCUAGGGUUUGGAAGUGUCUGAAUAACAGGAGCUCAUGUCUAAAUUACUGAGAGUGAGAUGAGCCUGAUGUCAAUAGAAGAUAUUUGGAGCUGAAAAGAACUGAGACCUGGGUCAAGUGUAAAGAUGAUGAGCUGCACAAGAUCUCCCUUGGCUGUUGCUGAUUUGUAGAAAAUUAUAAGCUGCAAUCUUGGAUGGCAGAUGUUCUAGCCAUAGAAGUCCCUUCAGCUCACUUUUGCACUGUUUUAGCAGGGAUUGUAACGGUUGCUAUAGUCUACACUAGACUUGUUUGAUAGAUAAAAAGGAUACAUUAUUUUUCAGGAACUCUAAGCCAGCAAUUUUCAUCACCCCAUAUCUACUUUCAACCUCUUUGCAUCCAGUCCUAAAACAAAACCAGUCUCUCCAGUUUGUACCAAUUAUGCAACUGCUGUUUAACUCUGUUGUCCUGCUCUGGCUCAGUAAGCAUGAUAUAACUGUUUCUUGGACCCUUUUUCAACAUGUUAGCUAUUAAGUAGAGCCAAGAGGCUGGGUAACUGGGUAAGGCUACUGAUAACUCCACAACUGAAGUGACCAGUGACUCCCAUAAAAAUGACUCUGUCCCACAAUAGACCCCAGAGCUAUGCAAGUUGUGGGGCCAGAAAUCUUACUGCUUUCCCAGGAAGGAAAAAUCCUACCCCCUGCUUAUUGUGGAGUGAUUCUGCUGGCUGAGUUGUCUUCGCUCUGAUCUGUCCCCUGUGGUUUUUGUCAGGAGGGCAGUAUCCAACCCAUUGAAAAGGUACCCUACUGCGCUGUGAAAAUUACACAAUAAAAUAAUCUCCUGUAGUCUCCGUACACACCUCAGUGACCAAAGAAAAUCCAUGGAGAACUAAUCAAUUACUGUAGCUAUUAGGCUUAAACUUUAACUAUAGAUCUCAAAUCUUCCUUUGUCCUCUUGUCAGUGGCUACUAGGUAUUUUAGAAAAAUCAACUACAGUUACUACUGGAAGCCCGUGCCGUAGAAGUGCCAUUAUGCUGUAGAAUCCUGAACCAAAGAAUCCUACACUAUACAUGUAUGAUAGUAGCUGGAAAAUACACUACUUUUAGACUUUCGUGAAAUAUAUUAUUCUAUUGUAAUUGUCAUUACAGAGCAUGAUCCAAAUGAUCAGAGCUGCCUGGCUCUAUUGGGAGUUUAGGGUAAACAAUGACUAGUGACUCAGGUCAAUUAUACUGUGCACUCGUAUUUCUUUAAGUUAUUUUCUGUCAUUUUAAAACGUAAGGUUCAGAGGCACUCCUAUUUGUCUUUUGUACUCCAUGCUUUGUAAAAUGAAGUCUCAUGGGAAUCUUCUUAUAGAAAGGGGAAAACAUACUGGUUAUAAAGAAAAAAAAGGUAGGACUGUCUAUAGGAGUAAUGUAUGACCUCUUUGUAUAUUGUGCUAAAUUGUGGAAUUUGAUAGCAUCAUCAGGAUUUAAAAGAGAAAUACUGUAGCAGUGAGUAAAAAUUACUUGUUUUCCUCCAAUGCCAAAUAGCCUGGCUAAUUCAAAGGCAGUCAGUCAUUGAAAUGUAGUCAUUUAAACAGCAAGGCUGAGAUGAAAUAUUGUAAAAUAAUUCUUAGCAGUUCUCAAAUGUAAUUUGAAUUUAAAAAAAAAUUAGACUGGAAAAAAAUAAGCCAGUUACCUGAAGUUUUGAAGUUAGAGAGUUGGUCAACUGAAGUAUGUAAGGAAACAUUGCUAGUUUGGGGGACUAGAUGUUCAGUUCUCACCAGCAAUGUUUCUGAGGCCAGGAAAGACGUUGCUGACCAUCAAACUAUUAUGAAUAGGAUUUUAGAGUAAUACCUGGUCAGUUGUUCUGCUAAUUAUAAUAACACACUGUUUUCAAAUGAAAUCAGAUCAUUAAUAUAAAUGCCAUAUCUGGAACCCUAGUGACUGAUUCUGCAAAAAGAAUACUCAUAUAAAAACUCUUUCUUUCUUUUCAAUAUACUUAAAUAUGCAGCCUGUCUGUUCAUUGAACUAUUUGAAGAGAAUUUAAUAUUUUUAGGUGGCACA